AUGCCUCCAAAACAAUUCUCCAAAUUCGCCAAAAAGCCAUACGCUAAGAAAUCCUUCACAAAGCGCUCUUAUAAUAACGAUGACGAUGAGACCUCUUCCAAACGUUUCAAAUCAAAUGCAGCCUCAUCUGGCUCUGCUUCUACUCCAAAGGCUCCCGAUGGUGCUAGACACGUCGAUGACGAAGGAAACUUCUACUGGGAGCUCGGUGGGAAAUCCCGUCGCGUUACCGUCUCCGAAUUCAAGGGGAACGUAUUGGUCUCCGUCAGGGAAUACUACGAGAAGGACGGGAAGUACUUUCCGGGAAAGAAGGGAAUUUCGAUGAGUCUGGACCAAUUCAACCAACUCAUCAAGGUCCUUCCGGCUCUCGAAGAAGCCAUUGGCCAGAAAUCUUCUGCUGGUGUAGUCAGACCCAUCUAUACUACAUCUGCAAAGCACGACGCCCCUCAAGCGAAGUCAAAGCAGGAGAUUGACAGCGAAGACGACCGGGAGGCGGAAGGGGAAGAAGAGGAAGAGAACAAAAUGGAACUUAGCAUCCAAAAGGAGGAAUCGGAAGAAGAAGACGAGGUAGAGGAGAACCCCUCCAAGAAGUCCACCGAAAAGUCUAAAGUCAAGGAUCCCAAAAAACCCCUCAAAUCGAAGAAGAAGAAAGUUCCAGACAGCGAAGACGAAGACGAAGAUGACGAAGACGACUUCGUCGCGGUAGAAGAAGAUUCCGAGGAAGAAUAG